AUGAUUUAUUACUGUUCACCUCAACAUCAACGACAAGAUUGGGUUGAGCAUAUGCAAAAAUGUGCCGAACUCGAAUGGUGUGCACUCGGUAAGGUUUUUAUUAACGUGGUUUUAAAUAAAAGAGAACUUAUUCAAUCCUUGCCAGCACUUCCACCACUACCAAAAGGUGGUGAAUUUUGGUCUCGACCAUGUUCAGAAAUUACUGCUUGGACUGAAUGGUUUUCUAUUCGAUCGGAUAUUGUAUAUCUUGCAAAGAAUACCGCACGUGUAUUAGACAACAUAAAUCACAUAAGUCAAAAACGUCAGCCGACAGAAGAAGACGCUAUCGAUGGUUUAUUGGCAGCUGUUACUGAUAUUAUUACGUAUCCCAUCACCAUCGGUAAAACAUUUCAACAAUUUAAUAUUAAUGCCGUUAGUAAAGCUCUGGUCAUUCAUAUCAUACAUUCUCAUGGUCUCGAUCAAUUAAACUAUGACAAAAUCGAAAAACAAUUUCAAGAAUUAAUAAACAUGUUUCCAAAUAAUAAGGGUAUCGAAAUCAUUCUGAUUGCACCCGAUAUUGCCGAUGAUACAGGAAACCAACGACGUCCAAGAAUAAAAAAACAUUCAAAAUACAAUGUAUUGUUAAAAGCAGAACAUUUAAUCGUCAGUGUGUGGAAAGGUCUUUAUAUUGACUAUGUUAAUCAUGAGAAUACUAACUAUUAUCAGCCGGAUUUAAUUGUUAGUUUUCAUCCAAAUUUAUUCACUCAAACAACGUCUCAAAAAUUUGUGAUGCAAUGGAGUGAAAUUCUUCGCCACGUUUUAUCAAAUAAUUAUCCACUAUUGUUCACAUUCUAUGAUGAAGAUGAAUAUAACAAAGCAAAAUCGAUUUUAACAGCAUCAAAAGUCAAUAUACUCAAAUCGGGAACUAAUCCAUUUAGUUCGUUAAUUAUUCGUCAAACACGUGGCAAACCCAAUUGUACGUUUGCAUCAAACAGUUAUCAAAUGUUAACGAAAGGUUUCAUAAAAAAUCAAUCAAAAACGUAUAAUGGAGGUGAAUCUCUUGUUGAUAAGUCGUAUCACAACAACGGUGGUCAUAAUACACCAUCUAGUGAGGAUGAUCGCUCUCAAGAUAUUGGAAUUCAACAUGGUUCUACACAACCAUUGAAUCAUAGUCUGAAACAAGUAAAUGGUAAAAUUCACAUUGAAACUAAACAGCAACAAUCACGAUUCAAUGGUCAACCAGCAUUACCCCAACGCUCAUCUAUAAUGAAAUUCAGUAAUGGAAACGAAAUAGCUUCAAAUGGAUACAUCAUGUCACCAUCAAAAUUUGUUCAACAAUCGAACAACGACAAUUAUCAGACUACUGACGACGAUAACAAUGAAAAUAACAGUAACAAUGAAAUUUGUUUAAAAAAAAAAGAAAAAGAAACUAUUGGUCAGUCUACAGUCAAACGUGAUUGUGAUAAUAAUAAUCAAGACGACCUUUAUGAUUUCAAUAGUGAACAGUAUAAAAUGAAUGAUAAACAAUCAACAGCAAGUAGUCAUGCAACUGUACUUUCUCAGAAUAGUAGACUUGUUCAUGAUGAAAGAAUAAAAAUAUCCCCUGUACGAUUAAAAAAUAACAUUGAUAUGAAAAACGAAAUGAAACCGUUGGCACUUCCACGAUUAGAAACAUGUCGUUCGAUGAUAAAUGUUAAUAGUCAUCAAGAACAACUACAACAGUUUACUUAUCGACCAAAUAAUUUCAUUUUUGAUUCAUUUGACGUUGUUCGUCAAGAGCACCAACGACAUUCACCACCAGUUCGAGAUCAACAACAACCACAACAAACUUCAACAUCGUCUAUCUCUCCAACAUUAUCCAGUACAUCCUCUUCAUGUUCGAAACAAAAAAAAUCACUUAUUCAUCAUCGUACAAAAAGAAAAGAGAACAAUAAUAAUACCUGUCUUAACAUAAAUAGUAGUAAAACAACAAGUGUUUAUCAUAACCUCUCAUUGACAAAUAAUCUACAUCAAGAACGUGAACAACAAUUGAAUGAUGUUCACAAUAAUGUUCUACAACAUCAACAUCAGCCAGACAAAACGAAUGUAAUGCGGGACGGCAAUGGGGAAUCAAGUUUGAGUAGUCAAGUCUCUAUACCAUCAAAUUGCCAUUCAAUUCAAAAUAGUAUUCCUCAGAUAAUUGUACCACCGAAACCGAAACCUCGGAUCUCACUAACGAAAUCUGCUACCAGCCAGCAAGAACAUCCACGACCUAUUGUCCAUUGUAACGACACAAUCGCAGCGUGUAAUACGGCUCAAAAACCACAUCACGUCAUUCAUAAUGUACCCGUUGAUAUUGUACAGCGUGUAAGACCGUUAUUUGAAACAGAAACAAGACAAAAUACUAAUAGUCAUGCAUUUGUCAAUGGUUGUGCAUCGAAAUCAAAAGAUGUAACAAAUAUAUACCAGAAUACAGUAACAUCCAGUUUAUCCUAUCAUCAACACACACACGGACAGAAAAAUGGAAAUAGUAUAGAUGAAGUCACACGAGCAACUUCUCCAAGAAACAAACCUUGUCCUGUUGAACAUUUGAAUUCAGCUAAAUUAACUAAACCACUUAUUCAGGAAGAUAACAGGGUCUGCACGGACUUGCAAUCACCUAAUGCAAUUUCAUUGACAAACGACAGAUCUCAAGCAAAAACACAAAAUGAAAAAACAGUAAUUUACGCAGAAUUAUCUAAGAAUGAUCGUGUUUUAGCAUUAUCAAUCGAUGACUUGUCGAACGAUUCGAAAUGCUCGAGAAUUCAACCACCAUCAAAGCUGAUCAAGCAAUCGUCCUUACCUAAUGGUAGCCCCACAAAUAAUGACAUAUUAACGCCCGUCAAGUCACCGGAUCAGCCACUUAUUACAACAUCCCUUCCUCUCUCGAAUGGAAUACAUUCGACACAAAAUGAAUUAAAAAAUGACCAACUAUCGUUCGAUCAAACAUUGGUUAAAAAUAAAGUAUCUGAUCCGAGACCGGUCACAAAAUCUCCUCUAGCGAUGACAAAAAAUGCUCUCAUUCUUCAUCAUCAAAAUCAUCACAAGGAAAGUUCAUAUUUAUUUAAUGUUCAGCGAUAUAUAAGAGAAAAUACAACGGGUGGUAAAAUAUUGACUACAGACGAUUCGUUCACGAAAAAAUCUCAUACCAUAACACCAGAUCGUAUCAGUAUUCAAUCGAGAACUACAAUAGCAUCGACAAUUGAAAAUGGAAUUCCAAUGAAAAAUCUUUCUGAAUGUAUCGAUCGUGUAGGUAUUGUAUUUGAAGAAACGAGUGAAUCGAAAGCAAAUACAGACAAAGCAGGAAGCAAUGGUUUUCUAACAACAGUUGAUCUUAUUCGUGAACAACUUAAACAAAGUGGUCAAUCGCAACAAAAAAACGGUUCACUGUUAGAUAAACUCGAACGUACAAAUAGUCAAUCAAAACUGGCUAAUUCAUCAUCGUUUUCUACUAGUUUUAAUUCGCGUCCAUCAUCUCAAAUAAAUUUACGCUCUCGUUCAUCUCGGACACCAUUAGGUGCAUCGACUCUUGCCCCACCGUCUCCCGUAGAACAACAACGACGAAGUCUAGGAAUAUUUCUGCCUGGUCUAGCAACACCAACACUUCAAGAUCAAUUAAUUUAUCAAAAUAUACCGAAUCUACGCUCCUGUUCAGUAAACACUAGCCGAUCACCAUCGUUGCGUCUAACACAUAAAAGUGAAAGUUCGGUAUUAACAAUAAAAAACAUUACUUGUGUACCAACAGCUCAAGAAAACGCCUACACUGAUAUACCAGCACCAAAACAAGAAGGAGAGCAAUUGUUGUCUAAAAAGGAGUUUACAAGUUAUCCAAUAGGCACCAUUUGCAAUGGUAUUCCAAAACCAUUUAGAAAAAUGUAUCAGGACAAACCAACGGCCAUAAUUGAGCCAACAACACAUACCAAUAAUAGUAAACUCCCUAAACGAGAUAGUAUUGAAAUACCAAUUACGACUGUGAACACCGAUUCAGAGCAUAACUAUGUAAACUUUUCUGGAGAUUCACCACCAAAAUCCAUCUUAAAAACAUCGUCUACUACCAAAAUAACAGUACAACAAUUGAAUGAACAUAUUUACAAUAAUGAAAUCAACGAUGAUAUCGUCAUUCAGCCAAUGGCUCCUGUCGUAAUUGACAACAGUGGCGGUUCAACAAGUUCCUAUACCUAUAGUACAAGUAAAACAUCGAGCAUUUAUUCAACAGAUUCUGAUAAAAAAACGAAUCAAACUAAUUUACCUUUUACAAAAUCACUGUUGACAUCAACAAAAUUAUCGAGUUCAUGUGCUGAGUCUCUCUAUGCCAUUUCGGAUCUACCUGAAUGGGGUCAAUCAAAUAAUGAUAAAACCGUAGUUAUCCAAGAUUCAAAUGCCACAACAGCAGUAGAAUAUGAUUCAUUCGACGAUGAACUUGAAGAAAAAAAUGCUGAUGGCCAACCGGAUUUUGCACAAAUAGAAAAAAGUCCACACUCAAAUGAUAAUACGGACGAUGAUUCGUUUGAUGAUGAGCUGGAUGACAAAUCAACAAAAUCAGCACAACUGUUGACCGUUCAAAUCGAAUGUGAGCAAAGACCAACAAUGAGACCCUCAGAUAAAAAGAAAAAACAAAAUAGCAGUUUUCUUCGGGCAACGUUAAAUAGAUUAAGUUUAACUCGAUCGAAUAAAUCACUCGAACGAUUAAAUAGUACUCCAACAACAUUGAUUUCUAAGGACGAAAAUGACGUGAAUCAAACGAUAGAUAGUGUACAAACGAAACGACAACGAUGUGAAAGUGUUCCAAAUACUGUUGGUAGUGAGAUAAAUACAAUUGUAGAUGUACUUAGUGUAGAUAAAAGUUCUUAUAUUGAAAAUGCUAAUCAGCAGUCGAACAAAAUACUUGAUUCAUCAAAAAAGAAAAGUUUAAGAAGUAUUAAAGCGAAACAAGCGGCAAAGAAAACCGGAGGAGCUAUGUAUAUGAACGAUCAAAGUUUCGAUACAGAAGAUACUGAAUCGAUUGAUUCAAAUUGUUCCACACAGACAACGGGUGGUGGAACUGGGACAAAGUCAAAAACAAGCCGUUUUCGUUUAUUUCAACGUCGCACAGAAAAAGAAUUUGCCAGUGAUACUGAAGUAGAAAAACAGCAGACACAACAACGACGAAAAAAAUGGGUGAAAGACAGUACAGGAUCAUCAACACUCACGAAAUCGUCAAUGAAAGCAAAACGAUUGUUCAGUGAUGAAGAUGAAGACAAUUUUAACGAUGGCGAUAAUGAGGACGAUGGAAAUGACAAAACUCAUAUCUAUGAAAUUCCAGAUCGUAUGCAGAAUUUAUCAAUUGAUACAACAAUGUCAUCAUCAACAAGAUUCGGUAAACUUACGUAUGAGUCAAAAAACAAGUCGAAACCAACAACAACACUCGAUGAAAUACGUUCAGAAAUUGAAGCUGAAAUUGCUGCAAGACAACAACAAACACAAAAGUCAAAUGUAUCAUUACCGACGUCAAAUAAACAAAAACAAGAGCAAUCGAGAUCAAAUAGUGAACAUAACACUCAACGAAACGUCGAAUCAACAUCUCUAACUCCAAGAGAAACGACGUCAUUUUCCACAAAUAGUCCAUUCAGUUCGGGAAACAAAAAACGUUCGAAAAGUGUUACAUUUCUAGAUGAGCUAGUUAUAGGAGACACGGUUGAAAAAGAUUCGUUAUCAACCGAGAAUAAACAUGCUAAACGUGUUGAGAAAGGUGAUGCUCGUUAUAUUUGCGGAGCACUCACAGGCACUGGGCCCAUUCGUGGAAUAAUGAAAGCUAGUAACGAUACUCCACCGACAUCGCCUCUUCAAGCUAUUUCAACCGCUGCGCUUUAUUUAACGGAUGAUCUUAAACCAUCUAUAUCACCUAAAACAGCAACAAAUGAAACAUCAUCAAAAAACCAUAGUAGACCGUUAUCAGCUUAUGCCUCUACGCGUUUAACGACACAGUUUUACGAUUCAUCCGUCACAGUUACACCGUCCGACCGAUCUAUUCGUAAUACUCCGACGUCAAACAUAUAUCAAAAUGAAUCAUUUUUUAAACGCCCAACAGCUAAAGUGAUGCCUAUGUCAAAACACACAGAUACGAGUACAAAUGGUUUUGUAGUAAAAGAACCAAUUGUUCCUAAUCGUAAAUCAACACCAUCCACUACUGCUCUUACAAGACCAAUUCCCUAUAACAAACCAAAUGAAAAUAUGGGUAGACCAUCGGUGAAAAAGAACAUACAACUUCUUCAUAAUAUCAAUGUCACAGCAGCUUUAAAUGAAACUGUUGGUGCGGUUUCAAAAACAGUUACAUCAAUUACAAAAUUAAAAGAUUCAAAUUGUCCACAAUCGGACUUAUAA